AAACUUGCAGUAAAAUGGACACUAUUUUAUGCAAUCAAUAUGAAGAGAAGAUCCGUCCCUGUAUUGAUCUCAUUGACUCGCUAAGAGCUCUGGGGAUUGAAAAAGACUUGGGGUUACCAGCCAUCGCUGUCAUUGGUGACCAAAGUUCAGGGAAAAGUUCGGUACUAGAAGCUCUGUCUGGUGUUACACUGCCUAGGGGAAGUGGUAUUGUUACACGAUGCCCACUGGAGCUGCAGCUGAAGAAAGCCAAGUCAGGGACAAGCUGGAGUGGAAAAAUGACUUAUCAGGAUCAAUCUGUUGUGCUGUCAAGUCCAUCAGAUGUGGAACAUGAAGUGAAAAGAGCACAAGACAUCAUGGCAGGAACUAACAAUGGAGUCAGCCAGGAACUAAUAACAAUGGAGAUUAUCUCUCCAGAUGUCCCAGACUUGACAUUAAUUGAUCUUCCUGGUAUUACAAGAGUUGCUUUGACCAAUCAGCCCAAGGAUAUUGGCGAGCAGAUAAAAAGGAUGAUUCGCAAGUAUAUCCAAAGGCAAGAGACAAUAAGUUUGGUUGUAAUUCCAAGUAACGUGGAUAUAGCAACAACUGAAGCUCUUGAAAUGGCUCGUGAGGUGGAUCCUAAUGGAGAAAGGACAUUAGGAAUUCUGACUAAGCCAGACUUGGUUGAUAGAGGAACAGAGUCACAAGUUCUCCGUGUGGUCAGAAAUUUGGAGUAUGAACUUAAGAAAGGUUACAUGAUUGUCAAGUGUAGAGGACAGCAGGAGAUAAGCGAGAACCUUUCUCUACAAGAUGCUCUAAUUAAGGAAAGGAACUUCUUUGAGGAACAUGAACAUUUUAGUGCACUUUUGGAAGAAGGAUAUGCUACAAUGCCUUUUCUAGCGGAAAAACUCACUAAUGAGCUUGUGGCACAUAUUAUUAAAACUUUACCUGCCCUGGAGAAUCAAAUCAAAACUAAACAACGAGAGGCAGAGGAGAAACUUAAAUAUAUCGGAUUAGGUGUCCCGAAUGUGGAAAUAGAAAAGCUAACAUUCCUUGUUAAUAAAAUGUUAGAAUUUUCAAGCGCAAUCUAUGAUGCCGCUCAAGGAGAAGAAGAGACUUUUAAUGGUUCUACAAAGCUUUUCAAUAAUGUACGAAGGAGCUUCUAUAGCUGGGAAUGUUUUCUCACCAAGAAAUUUCAGACUUUUCCAGAAACUCUAAGGGAUGAUAUGAGCGAUUAUGAGGAUAAAUAUCGUGGGCGAGAACUUCCUGGAUUUGUCAGCUACAGAACAUUUGAGAAUAUAAUACAGCAACAAAUCAAGACCGUUGAAGAGCCAGCUGUGCAGAGACUGAAACAAAUUCUUCAAAUUGUCUUGGCGUCUUUCAAUAAGAUAGCGGAGGAUCAUUUUAUAGCAUUUCCAAACCUUUAUAGAGUCACAAAGAACAAAAUUGAAGACAUAGGACAAGUACAGUUAAAAGAAGCAGAGAAAAUGAUUAAAACUCAAUUCAAAGUUGAAAAUGUCAUCUACUGCCAAGAUACCAUUUAUGGGGAAUUACUGAAGACAGUUCGGGAAAAACCUGGGAUAGGUCUUACUGCCAGGAACCUAGUUUCUGUCACAGAAAUGUCUUAUCACGUACAAGCAUAUUUAAAGGAAACAAAUAAACGAUUGUCCAAUCAAAUUCCACUGAUAAUCCAAUACUACCUUCUUCAUGAAUAUGUUGCGAAAGUGCGUAAUGAAAUGAUGCAUCUUCUGCAAGACAAAGAGAAGUUAAAUAUGCUGCUGCAGGAAAAACCAGAGCUCACCAGAACACGAAAGAAUCUAAAGGACCAGAUCCAUCGUCUCAAUCAAGCACAGAGACGUUUGGCCAAAUUCACGUGCUAAAUAGCGGUCAAUACCAACAUGCUCUAUCUUGGGCAGGCAGUCAACAUUUGCUUUUUAAAAAAUCAUAACAAUUUAAAUGUGAUUCAUGCCCUUUUUUCUUUAAAGGGGCAUAAAAAUCAUGAAUUCUUUUUUAACCCAGUGUGCAAAAUAAAAAGCAUUUAUUUUAAUUUUAAGUUCCAAGUGCAGAUCUCAGAGCCUACAUGGGAGCUGAUCGAUGUAUACCCAUAAUGCACUUGCUUGUCUAUCUAUAAUCUUGUACAAAGGAGCAUACGCACCAAUCAGCAGCAACAUACACUGUGAGAUUUGCACACUGGCCCACCUUAAAGAUGCUGAAAUUCAAAUUUUAAAAAAAAGAAAAACUGGAAAUUUUGCCAUUUUAAAACAUUGUGAGGAUAUAGAGACCAGGAAUACUAUUGAUUUUUAUGUCCCUUUAAAUUGCAAACAUUCACGCUAUUUGUAGUCUGUCACUUGUAUUUAAUAUCUAGUUUUUAAACUGUUUAUAUAUUGUAGAUAAAUAUUAUAAUUUAUUGUAUGCAAUGUAUAUGAUUUUUGUUUCUGAUAUGUGACUCUACAUGAUCAUUUUAGUGAUAUGACAACAAUUAAAUUACACUAUGAUAAUAUUAUGCUCUAAAGCUUACAAUGCCUAAUGUUGUGAGAGUGACACCUCCUAUACACCUGCAUAUAAAAUAUAAUCUUUUCUAAAUCAGCCAGUAAACCACAAGGUGGCAGUAGUUGAUAUAAUAAUCAUUAUUUAUAUUUUUCACACUAUUUAUUCCUCUUUAGAUUGCCAGAUGGAGAAAUCUUCAUCCUGAUAAAUUGACACAGCAGUUCUUCUUUGAUAUUACUCUCGCUCCUAUAUAGCAGUAAUUAAAUACAUUUCCACAAA